UAGAUGUUUUGCUUGUGCAAAGGAGAGAGUUGAGUUGAGUUGAGGAAGAAGGUUCUUUCUCUUUCUAAAAUCUCAAAUUCAUCGGCAAAAAAGUGGCAUCAAAAUAGAAAGAUUUGAAGAAUUGAAGGAAUUUCUCAAAGAUUUUAGUUGCACAAAUGGGAUGCAUCAUAUCAACACCAUUAUAUGAAGGUGGCAAAAGAAGAUGGCCAAAGAAAAUUGGAGAGGUUGCUAUUUUUGUUCCAAGUAUUCGCAUACCUAAAGAAGUGGACUUGUUGCAACACUCAAUGAAUUAUCACUUACUAAGAGCACAAGUAGAACACUUAGCAAGAAUGAGAGCUAAGAUUGCUCAAGUUGCACCAUAUUCUAAGCAAAGAAGGAGAAUACCCACACAACAUGGAGGUUCUGUACUCUCUAAUCUUCUCCAAGCCCUUGAGGAUUAUUUACGAGUUUUACUGGGACUACUAAAAGAAGGAAGCGAGUUGAUAGAUAAAGUUGAGUUUGUAUGGGUGAAUCAAGAAGAUGACUUACAGGAAACAACCAUGCCAAAUGUUUGGUAUGAAGUGUUGUCUGUUCUACACUUGAUGGCCAUGUUAUGUUUAUCAGAGACAAAUUUCUUGCUCCUUGCUAAACCAUCUGCAAGUGGUUUGCAUUCUUUGAUUAUUCAAGAAUAUAGAAGAACAGCUAUUGAUAUUUUAGUAAAGGCAGCCGGAUACUUGGAUUGUGCUAUUCAACAUGUCCUUCCUAAAAUUUCUUCCCAAAUGAGGAGGGAUCUUCCAAUUGACCUAAGUGAAGAGGUGUUGGGAGCUCUUUGUGCACAAGCAUUAGCUCAGGGUGUUGAUCUUCAACUGUGGGUGGCAAUUGAUAGUCCAAAAGCCACACUUGCUGUUAAAAGAAGAUUAGCAUGUGAGAUGGUUAUAUAUUGGCAACAGGCAUAUGACAAUAUCAUGAAAUUUUCUUUUAAUGAUGGUUGGGGGGCCAAGCAUCAACUCUUUGCAAGGUGGAAACUCUUUGAAUCAAAAGCAGCGGCAUAUUAUUAUCAUGGGAUGAUUUUGGAGGAGGGUAAUACAGAGAAAUCACAUGAAAUGGCUAUUGCUGCCACGCAAGCAGCACAUCAAUUUUUCAUUAAUAGCAAAAUGGAAAAUGAAGCUUUCAACAAAAUGCAUCCUUUCUCAAGAAAUCCACCACUUUGGGGUUCCAUGAAGUACCUUUCUGAAAAGUUAUCUAAAGAAAUUUCCACCAAAUUUCACAUCAAUCAAGAUAUCUCAGAUCAUGAAAGAUUUAUCAAGAAUGCACCUAUCUUACCGGACUUUGUACUAGCUCUUAAACCAGAUGAGUAUCAUCUUCCAUAACUAGAUCUUUCAUAGACUUAUGAAAAUCAAUAAAAAUAAUGUAUAAUAUUUUAAAUGGCCCCAGUAAUAUUUCGAUUAUGUCCGUUCAGUUCUUCUAUUCCAAUUGUGCUGAAUUAAGUCCAUCUAUUGUUUGAAUGAGUAAAAUCAAUCCAAUUUUAGUUUUCUCAUCUUCUUUCCCUGACGUGGAAAUUGGAUUUUUUUGCACAUUAUUUUAUUAUUAAAAUAUUUAAUAACAAAAAAAAUGCAUUUUACUUUUUCAUAUGAAAAUAUAAGGAAUUAAAUCUGAUCUAUCAUUUUCACUCUCUUUCCUUGGCCCCAUCCCGUCUUCUCCUUCUCUUCAACCCUAGAUCUAAUUCCCACUUCGACACCUCACUGCUACAUUAAUCCAUGAUAGUGACCACCUAGGCCCUAACUUUGUCCACCAUCACUUUCUUUUCCUCACUCUAGUGCUAUGUAAGGGUUCAAUAGGCAAACAAAGCAUCUUAAGAGAUCUUGACGGUCAUGAUGGCAUUCGGAAAAUUAGUUGGAAGACUAGUGCUUGAAUCAUUUCCUGUUUUGAAAAAUUUGUAAAAUAUAUAUGUAUUGUCAUACACAAAUGUUUAUAUUAUAGUUAUGUACAUAAUCAAGUCUUUUGGGUUAAUGAGGUUGUAGGAUCAGGCCUAAAUUUUCCUUUUUUUUUUUUUUUAAAUAUGUAUAUUCAAGUACUCCAUUAAAGUUGCUAUGCAGAUUUUGUAAAAUUUGUGCAACUGUACAAGAAUGUUUGUUGUUGUAUCAUGUCUUCUAGUA